UCCAGAAUAGUGUUCAUUUGGGUGUUGCGUUUGUCCGAGGGUUUCCACAAUAUGAUUUGCAUCACAAGCUGCGGAAAUUACCAUCAGAUAGCUGGGAUUGUGUAGAUGUUUUGUUGAAAACAUGUUCCUUUUGACCUUCGUGUCUGUGAUCGUCACUAUCCGGCCAAGUUCACCUACAACAGACCUCCACAUCCUUGGGUUGUUCCCCAUUACAGGGGAAUGGGACGGAGGUCAGAGUCUGUUGACCGCUGUCCAGAUGGCCAUCGAGGACAUCAACAACAGGGACGACAUCCUCCCCGGCUACAACAUCAACCUGACAUGGAGCAACUCAAACUGCAGUGCCGGGCGGGGCAUCAGGGCCAUGACGGACAACUUGUACAAUGGACCGACUAAGAUUGUCAUCGUAGGCGGGGCAUGUUCUACAGUCUCCCAGGCAACGUCCCAGGCGGCCCAUCUGUGGAACCUUGUACAGGUGUCCUACGGUUCUUCUUCCCCGGCGUUGUCCAACAAAGUGCGCUUCCCCAAGUUCAUGCGCUUGGCCUCUGCGGACACAGCCCUCACCUCCAUGCGGAUACGGAUGAUCCAGCAGCUGGGCUGGUCCCGGGUGGCCACCAUCUACCAGAGCUAUGAACUCUUUACCUUGGUGAACGAUGAUUUGCUGGAGGCCUUUUCCAAGGCGAAUCUUACCGUCGUGGCGUCAGAGGUCUUCAAAAAUAGUCCAGUAACACAAGUUCAACGACUGAAGGACAAGGAUGCCAGGAUUAUUGUCAGUGGGUUCUAUCCGGAGCUGGGCAGACAGGUUCUAUGUGAGAGCUACAAGAUCGGGCUGAUCUACCCCCGGGUGAUCUGGAUACUGAUUGGCUGGCUGAAUGUCAAGUGGUUCAUGGAGACCGACGUCACAAUCGACUGCACCCCGGAUCAGAUGGCCCUGGCGCUGGAGGGGGCAAUAUACACAGGUUUCCUGUAUAUGGAUCCCUUCGACACCCCCACGAUAUCCGGCCUCACCCCUCCUGAGUUCACCCUACAUCACAGGAUGCGGAACAACAACGAAACACUACCUGGUGACAUCCUCGCCUCACAGGGGUAUGACGUCAUGUGGACGGUAGCCUUGGGUCUCAAUGCUACAAUGACGACUUUGCUGGAGACAGGCAGCAACAAAAGCCUGGAGGACUUCACGUACACGGACACGGCGCUGGGGGCGUUGAUCCACAGUCACAUGUUGAACGUCAGCUUCCAGGCCAUGAAGGGACCUGUGUCCUUCGACAAGAACGGAGAUCCCAUCAGCUACGUCACAGUGGAACAGAUCCAGGAUGGUGAGCGGAAGACGAUUUGUUAUGUGAGGGAAGACCAGGAUGGGAAGCUGAACUUAACCCUAGCUCGCUGGGCAGGUGGCGUCCCUCCAAGAGACGGUGUGUUGACGUACACGUUGACCUUGACCUUGUCACCGGUCUUGUAUGGCUUCAUGUGCACGCUGGCUGCGCUGGGUCUCCUGGCGUCUGUCGCCUUCCUCACCUUCAACAUCUAUAACAGAAAAGUGAAAUUUAUUAAGCUCUCAUCACCACGUAUCAACAACAUUAUUCUCAUCGGGUGUAUACUCACCUACGUCGCUGUCUUCAUCUCAGCGCUGGAACCUUCUGUAGCAUGCAAGGGGAGACGGUACCCUGCCAUUCUGGGAUGGUCGUUAAUAUUUGGUGCUCUGUUUUCCAAAACAUGGAGGGUCCAUUUGAUAUUCACCAACGUGAAACUACAGAAGAAGGUGUUGAAGGACAGCCACCUGUUCCUGAUGGUGGCUUCCCUGACUCUCUUCAACCUGGUCCUGCUGGUCAGCUGGUCAGUGUUUGACCCCCUGUACAUACGCUGGGACGAGAUAUACGUGGAGUCUCGGGAGGGUGGGGACGUCCGCCUGCGCUACAUGGGGGCCAUCUGCGAGUCCAGUUACAUCCGCUACUUCGAUGCCGUGCUGUUCUCGGUCCAGGGCAUCCUUCUCAUGUUGGGCGCCUUCCUCGCCUGGGAGACCAAGAAGGUGAAGGUGGAAGCUCUCAACGACUCCAAGAACAUCGCCGUGUGCAUCUACAACUCCGCCGUCCUUGGUAUACUCCACAUCAUCAUCACCGCCACCAUGACCUUGAGACCCAACCUGGAGUACGGCAUCACGGCAGCAAUCUCCUUCAUCACCGCCACGGCCGUUCAGUGCAUCAUCUUUGUGCCGAAAGUUCUGCAGUAUCGGAAUAACCGCCUAAAUCCCGAGGGCGACCGGGGACUCACGAUUGGAAAGGAGGCGACCAUCACUUCAACCAACCUCUCCACCGUUGACGACACCGACCACAAACUGAAACAAAAAGACAACGAAAUAGCCAAGUUACAAGACCAGCUGGAGAAGCUGAAGCUCUUCAUCAAACAGGCGUGUAUCCCUGCAGGAGACAAGGAGGCCCCGCCCAGUACUGACGACCCAGGGGACGUGACGUUACCGCCAGAUGCCUAAAUUUACACAUUCCGUCCAAAAACUGGCUCUUAACAUUCGUACAUAGACGUAGGAACAUAGCCAACUCCACAUUGAGCAUGAGGACGUUGUUGUCAAAGAUGCUCAACCUGAUACGUUUGUUGUACAAAUUGUAAAGAACGGUUAAUGAUGGAAGAACAGGACUAUGAACCUAUGAAUCGGAUAUCUGUGGAAUAACUUUAAAAAGUUAAACUCCGUCUGAUAGAACGUUUGCACUAAGGAACUGUCCUGUACACAGUCAUAUCACCUCGUAUGAUCCGCAUCGAAAGAAUAAUAAGUCCACGCCGUCUACAUUUGUAGUUGCAGCGAGCUCUCAUGUUUGACACUGACUGUCAAAGAUAUGCCUGACACUGCCUUCCAGACACUUGUCUGACCCUGACUGUCAGCUAUCCGUCUGACCCUGACUGUCAACUAUCCGUCUGAUCCUGACUGUCGACUGUCUGUCUGACCCUGACUAUCGACUAUCCGUCUGACCCUGUCUGUCGACUAUCCGUCUGAUCCUGACUGUCGACUAUCUGUCUGACGCUGACUGUCGACUAUCCGUCUGACCCUGCCUGUCGACUAUCCGUCUGAUCCUGACUGUCGACUAUCUGUCUGACCCUGACUGUCGACUAUCCGUCUGACCUUGUCUGUCGACUAUCCGUCUGAUCCUGACUGUCGACUAUCCGUCUGCCCCUGACUGUCGACUAUCCGCCUGACCCUGACUGUCGAUUAUCUGUCUUAAUCUGACUCUGACGUUUGGACAUAUAUCUUACCUUGACGGUCGAAUAUAUCUAAAUCUGACUGUCAGACACGUGUCUGACCCUGACUGUGGAACAUCUGUAGGAUAUCACUUUCGAGCCAUCAUCGAAUAUAUGUGUAUUUGUGUUACGUUCGCUUUCUAUCCUAUACUGGAGGCACGGGUGGCCAAGUGGACUUGGUUUAAGGAGUUGCUUCCCUUUGCUGCCAGUCGCCAAUGUCCUGGGUUCGAAUUCCAGAUUUGCCCCAAAUUGCUCUGCAGCAUCCACCACUUUGAGCUUUCCCGCAUUUAGCUGACACGCCGUGAUAUAUGUGAAAUACUGUCAGACAUGUCAACUCAUGUUUCUGCUGCGCGGUGCGCACACAUCAGGCGUGGAAUCCUCUUCACAUCUGAGCGUAUGGAAUAUGUCAUCAACACUGCAGCUAACUGUGACGUCUGGUUGUUUAUUGUUUACUGUACAUGUCUUUACUGUGAGCAGGAUUGGGGCGUUGCGAGAGUAUUAUCGUUAAGGCAGUAUCGUUAAGGCAGUAAAGAAGUAUAAUCGCGACCACGAAGUAUAAUCUCGACCACGAAGUAUAAUCUCGACCACGCCCACCUGAUCCCCUAACGUCAGCAUUACGACAACGGAUAAACAUUGAUGUCCCCGAAUCAUUAUCUUCUUCGUCAUCAUCGUCACCAACAAUUACCAGCACCAACACCGACCACCGCUCUUAUCACGCCCUACGGAUCGAACGACUAGAACAACAAUAACAUUAAAAUAAACAGAAAACACACAGGUUCACAAUGGAACAACACUAAACAGAAAGAACUGACCUUACGGAUCAAAUGGAUUGUACAGUAUUUGUGCUUAACUGACCAACUUGAUGCGAUGCCACAUAAAUAAACAAACAAACAAACAGAUAAACAAACAAACAAACAAUAAAGAACCCACAAACAAAAAACGAGAGUCCAAUCAAUAAAAACGACAUCUCAAGAAAUCUCUUUUAAAAGCAGAGCAGACUGUACGAUUCACAUUUCAUCACAUUUCAUUUCAUGUGUUUAUGAAUCACUAUCAAAUAAUGAUGAUACCAGGUGUUCGCGAAAAGGUGAGCAUAUCCUGCUUCACCCGUCACAAACACAUGCAAAUGCAAGUCAGUUAACUAAACUGACAGAACGUUCUGGGUUCAGUAGGUAUUCGGCGUUCAACGUAAGAAUCCUCACCGUUCAUGUGAUACGUGUGUACAAUCUAAUUAAAAUCAGAUCUUAGUUCU